AUCACCUUUCAAUUCUAUCGUUUUAACCAUAUUGCGACGUCCACCGAAGGACUCUUGCCGUGCAACAACCCAUCACUCCCUGAUAUCCCACAGAGCGUUUCGAUUUUGGAGCGCGACCUCGUCAUGAUAUGCUAAGGUUUCUCCGCAACGCAAUGGCUUCUCUCACUACACCACCCCGCGUUCCCAUCCCCGCCAACGGGGUGGACUAUCGUGGCAAGGUCGUCCUAGCCCCGAUGGUUCGAUCUGGAGAACUGCCAUCACGGUUGUUGGCUCUAAAGUAUGGCGCAGAUCUCGUCUGGGGACCUGAGACGAUCGACCGCUCCUUGAUCGGUGCAGUGCGACGCAUCAACCCGCGCAAUUCGACGAUCGAGUUCACCCGCAUUCCGUCGAAUGGAGGCCGCACAGAUAAACCGGCCCAGGAGUCGAUCAUAUACCGCAUCGAUCCUUCUCGAGAGAAGGGAAAGUUAAUCUUUCAGAUCGGAACUGCCUCGCCGGAACUGGCGGUGCAGGCGGCCAAGGUUGUCGCGGCUGAUGUUGCGGGAAUUGAUGUCAAUUCGGGAUGUCCAAAGCCAUUCAGCACGAGCGGUGGUAUGGGAGCGGCGUUGCUGCGCACUCCUGACAAACUGGUCUCGAUCCUUGAAUCGCUGGUCAAUGAGGUUGGAAAACCAUACCAGAUCGGUAUCUCGGUCAAGAUCCGUAUUCUAGAAACAGCUGAGAAGACGGAGGCGCUGGUGUCACGGCUUGUUAAGACUGGAAUCACUGGGUUGACUGUCCACUGCCGUACAACCCCGAUGCGACCCAGAGAGCGUGCUAUCCGCGAACAACUUCCCAUGAUCGCCUCUAUCUGCAAGAACGCAGGUGUUGCUUGUGUCAUGAACGGCGACGUAACGUCUCGCGACCAAGCCCUUGCCUUGAUGAAAGAGUACGGUGUCGAUGGUGCCAUGAUCGCCACGGCAGCAGAAGCUAACCCGUCAUGCUUCCGUACGGAAGCCGAGGGUGGUCUUCUGCCGUGGAGAGAGGUUGUCCACGAAUAUAUCGAUGCCUGUCUGCAGGUCGAAAACCGUUUCGGCAACACAAAGUAUCUGAUCAACAUGCUUGUCCCUGGAAAGAACAAGGAAUUCAGGGAGGCAAAGGCGGCCAAGAACUACACCGACAUGUGCACUGUCCUCAAAUAUGACGACCUCCUCCCUACCGCGAGAGAGGUCGACAGAGUCCUGAACCUCUCGCACAAGUCCGCUUUCCCUAAUGAUGAAGACAAUCUGCGAAGCCAAGCAAUCCAGAACGCGAUGGAGAACAACGAAUCUGCACGCGCUGCAGGCGGUGCCUCGCGAUCGAAAGCAGCCUCCCCUGCUUCCAGCGGGAUUGGUCCCAUCCGUACAAGCUCGUUCCCUCCUCCCGCUCAUUCGAAGCCCAAGGCAGAGACUCAAGUUGAUGUCUCUUCCACUACGAUGCCACAAGCUCAGAGCACUGAGGUCACCGUCUAGCUUUGUUACUCGCCUCAUUACGUUUAUUUUCCGACAUGUCACUUAACUGCACAAAAUACUCUGCUAGAUUUGCAUAGCCCGGCGAUAGAGGAUAUUGUCUUGUUGCUCGUUGUACGUGUUUUAUUCUGUUCUUUGUACAUAUUUUUCCUGCAUCUCGAUCUAUAGAUUCCCCCUUUUUUUGAAUACUCUCAAAAAAGCGCGUUGUGGAGAUGUCUUGAGACCUAUGUCCGCUUUUGAAGACAACAGGAGUAGCCUGAAUUCGACGUUGUAGUCAUCAUAUAGUUAAACAAUAAAAAUAUUAGUCAGUAUACAA